CAGAAAAAUCUAAUUUCGAGCCUUACAUGGAAGACAUCUUUCUGUUAUCGUUCCUUAGAUGGAAAAAAUACGACGUUCAGAAAGCAUUCGAAGCCCUGUAUAACUUCUAUAUUCUUAAGGAAAAGCACUCUGGAGAGUUUCUUGAUCGCAAGCCUUCAGAACUGGCGCACGUACUGGAAAUGAAUCACUUGUCUGUAAUGCCACUGAGGGAUCCUGAUGGUUGUAAUGUGGGCAUUUUAAGAAUAGGUUUUCAUGAUAUUAAAACUGCUACAGUUGAGGAACUAUUCGCCACAGUUUUAUGCAUGGGUUUAGUGACAAAUGAUAUAGAAGCAUACCAAGUGAGUGGUGUCGUUUUAAUCUUUGAUUGUAAAAACUUGACAUUUGACAUAGCUCAAAAAUUAUUCAGGCUUCAUCGAAUCCUCUUUGCACUUGCAGCGGUGCGUUGUCUUCCUUGUCGAAUCAAAGGUAUCCACGUAGUGAACCUUCCACAAUUUUACCGCAUUUUUUACAACAUUGUAAAAAUUUUGCUUCCCCAAAAGAUCUUACAAAGGUUGCAUCUACAUACAAGUGAUUUGGUAGAAUUCCACAAACAUGUGCCACCCGAAGUUCUUCCAGAAGAAUUAGGAGGAAUUUUAGGCCCAAUUAAUAAUAAAGACUACAUAAAUUUUUUUCUUAGUAAGCAGACUUAUGUCGAACAGAUAAAUAAUGGUGGAAUCAAAGUUAAACAUGAAAUAAUAAUUUGACGACGCCAUGUUUUCAGGGAGAUGCAAAAGAACACAAAGAGAAGAAGAAAAUUUCUAAGACAAUAAUUUAUGCUUUCUGUACCAUAGGGAAGUUUUGAAUAUUUAUGUUCCUUUAAUUCCCUAAACUUAUGAAAUAUUUCGGUUCUUUUCUGUUAACGGAGUACCAGUCGACAAAUGUGUGACUAAAUUUCAGAUGUUGUGGCCUUUUUAUAUCAAGUCAUGAAUAGCCGUGCAAUUUUCAAUGUGUACAGUGCCAAGGCUGUGUGCGAUGCCGAAUUUAUAUAAUUAUUUGAUGAUUUAAACAAAAGUAGAUCUCUCUGUACAUGGUGAGGAUUGUUAUUUAAUAGCGACCUACGUAUUUUUGGUUAAAAAAAUCAGACAAAUGCACAAUUCGGCAUAAUGCGCAGCUUUCGCAUUGCGCGCAUUAAACGUUUAUAUAUAGUAAAUUAUGAAAUACAUCAUUAUUAUUAAAAGUUCUUUUUUUCAUGAAGUUUUUGUACGUAUCGUUAGCUUUGCUGCCAUCUAGUUAGAUUUCGUGAUAGCUUUCAUGUUUAAUAAUAUGUGGUCCUCCGUCAAAAGAAAAGGGCCAAUAUUUAUUUCUACCUACGUUCGAAACGUUAUUAUAAUAAAAAAAAAAAAUUUGAUGUGUACACCACAUGACUUCCUUGUACGGAAUAUUAAAUUAUACGCACUUUUUCUUGCA